AAAUAUUAUAAAGAAUAUAAAAAAAAGCAUCUUUCGUUAUUAUUUCAAGAUUGUAGAUAACAUCAGUUGUCAUUAUAUAAGAUAGCCAAUUUUAUAUUUUAUGAAAGGUUAGUAAUCCAGAACCUGAAAGAUACUAGAAGUCAAAAUGAGUGAAGAAAUCGUCCAAUCAUUUAAAAAAAUGUUCGAAGAAAAAAUAGAUAUUAAUGUGAAAAAUAAAUGGUUUUCUUCUAAAUAUCUCAAAAUAGAUUGCUGUCCAGAAGUUAUUUUUAACAUUUCCAUUCAACGAAUUACUGACUACAUAUUUAACGUUAAAGUUACCAAAUUUUUCACUAAACCAGCGACUGCACUCAUUGAAUUAACAAUUAACUCUCAAAUAAGAAGACAAUACAUUACUAAUUGGACAGACGAUGUUAUCUUUGAAAAUUUUUCACUUUCGUUUGACAAUGAUGUGCGUCCUCAAAAAGAGGGUUUCUUGAAUAAUUAUCGUUACCAAUCAAGAAUUCGUACAUACAGAGUAACGAUAAGUGGUGACAUAACUUGGUAUGGUUUUAAUGAUGACUUAUUGAAUGCCAAAAUGAAUAAAAAUAUGGAAACUUAUUUAAAAAAUGUCGAAUUUAGUGACGUAAAAAUUCGAGUGAAAAAUAAUGAAGAAUUUCCAGCUCAUAAAGUCUUUUUAGCUUCAAGCAGUUCUGUAUUUAAGAAAAUGUUAACAACAGACAUGAAAGAAUCGAGAGAUAAGUGUAUCAAUCUUCCAGAAUUAGAUUCUGAUACUGUUAACGAAUUACUUCAUUUCUUAUAUUAUGGUAAAUUGGAUAAAGCUAGUGAUAACGGCGCUAUUUUGUUCGAAUUAGUAAAAGCUGCUGACAUGUAUUUGAUAUCUGACUUAAAACGUGUCUGUGACGUAUUGUUGAGUAGACUUUUAACAUCUGAGAAUGUAAUAUCACUAUUGGAAAUAUCCGGGACUUAUAAAUUACCAAUUGUACGCCAACAAUCUUUGAUUUUUAUCGCCAAUCAUGUGGAUGUAUUAUUCGAGGAAGAAAUUUAGAUUAUUUUGAUCUAUCUAUGAUUAUGAAAAAUUUAUAUUUACA